GCUCGCUUGUCCUGUUUGUGGUGCACAUGUUGGGCCCCGCCCUGCGCGGACGCGCCGAUACCACGCAGUUGCGUAAUUUGACAAGCGAGCGCAAAAAGAAAAAAAGAGAAAGAGCCAGGCGAUAGAGAAUGAACGCGUGACAGCCGCCGCCGCCGCGUUCGCCUGUUUGGAAACAGAAGAAGAAGAAGAAGAAGAAAAAGAAAACCAACACAAGCGGACACCUAUGCGUCGUUCAUCCCCUCGCAGACAAGUGUAGCACCCGUCGACCCGUAUGGCCGCCGCCGUGAGGAACCACGUCUGGCUCGCUCCGGGCCAGGACGCGCAGUUGCUCCACAAAUCACCGGACGGCGCGAGAGGCGGAGACCGCGGACAAGUGCCCUGCGCCGCGGGGGACGGCGUCCCGGCAGCUUCGUGCGUCCACGCCUGCGAUUCGGUCAAAUCAGACAUGGACACCUACCUGUCUUCUCCACUCUCGCAGCAGGACAUGGUGAGUCCCAAGAUGCCGUGCAGGGAUCAUGGCGCCCUGAUGCUGGAGCCGCCUUUCCCCGAGGACUUCGCCUCGCCGUACAGCGUCAACAUGAGCCUGCUCCUGCCCGACAUCACGUACCUGCACCCGGGCCUCUGCAGGGCCGUGAGGCAGAUCAAAAUGGAGCCGCCGCAUCACUCCCCGAUGCACGCCGCCUGUCAGGCAGGUGGCGGCGGCGGCGGCGGCGGCAGCGGGCCGCUGGCGCCCCCGGGUGCCCCGGGUGCCCUGGGCGCGGCCGACGCGUCGGGCGGUAACUUUUACAUCAAACAGGAAGUGCCAGAUUUCCAGGAUGUUCCCCUGUUCCAGCUUCUGAACUCUGACCUGGAGCAGCUCAUUCACGGGUCGCAGCUCAACUCCCAGUUGAGUCUUCCAAAUGGGAACGUCCACGUCGGCCAGGCGCAGAAUUCCGCUAAACCCACGAGCAAUCCCCAGAGUGAAUGUUUUCAAUACAGCCGGCACUUUGGCCACCAGCAGAGGCCGACCUAUUUGCCACCUUCUCCGCCAAACUCGGAGCCCCCGAGCCCGGACAGGGGGAAGGAGCUCCUCCACAAUCUGUCCCCACCUCCCUCGUACGAAGCCAGCAUCGCUUCCAAGUUAACGUUUCAGACCCACAAUCCCAUCGACCCAGGACAGACUUCCGGCGCGGCUCCGAUCCAAGGCCAGGACCAAAACCCCGGCGUUCAACUAGUCCAGAGUCCAGCUGUUGGUCCAGCCCAGCGUUCGAGCCUGUCGCCGGUUCAGACGCCGCCGGGUGUCGGCCCUCUGUCCCCGGUGUCGGCCCAGUCAGCUCCACUUAAGUACAAUCGAAGGAAUAAUCCUGAUCUGGAGAGACGGCGGAUUCACCACUGCGACGUCCCCGGAUGCAAGAAAGUGUACACCAAGUCUUCCCAUCUCAAAGCCCAUCUCCGGACCCACACAGGAGAGAAGCCGUACCGGUGCUCCUGGGAGGGAUGUGAGUGGCGCUUCGCUCGCUCCGAUGAGCUGACUCGCCAUUUCAGGAAACACACCGGGGCGAAGCCUUUCCAGUGCGGAGUGUGCAACCGCCGCUUCUCCCGCUCCGACCACCUGGCCCUGCACAUGAAGCGACACCAGCGCUAGAGAAAAACACUCCUGCACCACGAGUCAAUCUCCUUUUUACUUCGUCCCCGCGUUAAACAGCUGACAAAUUUCUAACUGUGGACAAUUCCCAGUGGAGAUAUAUUCUUAUAGCAGUGCUGGCCCCACACGUUAUAGUUCCUUUUAUUGUAAAAAAGAUUUUUAAAAAAUGACCGUUGCCUUAUUUUAUUUCCACGUAUGCAUCCCAAAUAUAAGGGGGAUGUUUCAUAAAGUUGUCAGUCAACAAUCAUUCGCCAAACGUAAUAAUAAUCUCUUUAUUGUCAUUAUAUUUGUUUAACUGCCACGAAAUCUUUCAGGAAGAAAUAUCAAUUCCACCUUUUUUUUUUCUUUUUUUUUUAAGGGUUUUCAGUGUACAGAUUAUAUCUACAACGUGUUAUACGGGCAUUUAUUUAAAUAACUUAUACAGCAAACUGCCAAUACUGUACAGUAAGUGCUGGGGGGGUCGGACGCAGUGUCGUCAUGAGCUGGGAGGUCGAAGGAUGUGUUGACGUGUCCGGAGGGGGAAGUGACAAAAAGAGUGUGUGUAACAUAUUCAAAUAACAUAUCAGUUCGUUCAAGUUGUCGACUUCAGGAAAGACACGGCAGGAAGAUGUGAAGAGUAAAAAUGCAUGUUGGCAGGACACCGGUGAACCGUGUGGCGAGUGCAGUGCUUACAGCUCCAUCACUGCCAGAGCUAUCGGACAAGAGAAAGAUAAACUGUAUCUAUCUGAAAUGAAAAGGAGAGGUGCUGUCCACCUGGGCUGCGUUGUGCAUGUCCCAUGUCCAGGCCCUUAUAACAGUACAUAUGGACGAGAUGAAUCAGUUCCGUUAUUUCAUUUCAGGACUUUUAUGAUUCUCUGAAAAGGCUCGUUUCACGUGCGACGAGUGCUCGUAGAAACCGCUCCGACGUGCUGCACCAGAGCUCUGAGCACCUGACGUGGAAGCGGCGGGCCGGUGGGUUAUUCUUCCCCCCGCCGGGGAAGUCGUUACGAUCGGCGAAGUUGGACGUUCGUCUCGUCUUGAUUUUUUUUUUAUUCUCUCUCGUUCUGGUUUGUAAAAAAAAACCCACCGCGCGUCCCAAGCAUUUGUCUUUUGUGUUGUUCCGCUCACGGCAGGAUUGCGACAUCGCAUCACGGGCGACUUGUCUCGCUGGGUGGUUUCAACGUGGCGUCUUUGAGUCGUGAGUUGUUCUCUCUUUAUUUGUCUCAUGUGAGACUCCUGACUGAGCACCUGCCAGUCGGAACAUCUGUGAGACGCGUUUGGUCGCUGUGACGGCCAUCCGUGUGUUCAAACACCUUCUGAAAGUGCCUUUAACUGCUUCCCUUUUUUUUUCUGUUCUUUGGAUGAACGAUACACAGAGACGCCCCCGCCGGGGCAGCGUUCUCUUAUCUGCUUCUCUUCUCUGCCAAAAAUGGUUCUGUAUGUUGGCUGCCCCCCUACCUUAUUUACACAAGACAUCAACUUCUAUUUAUGACCAGAUUUAUUCAUAAUUUGAGUCCUGUUUGAACAAGAAUUCGAUUUUUGAAGUUUCUAUAAUUUGUUUGGAUGUAUAUUUUGUGUUUGAUGCAUUUCCAAUGGUUUCUGUAUAAAGAUUUUUUUUUUUUUAUGUCUUGGCAAAGUCUAAGAAGGAUCAAAUUAUAGAAAAAUCAUCAACACACUGUCACCACUUCCUCCAGCCAAGGUAGCAGCUCGGCGGAGUUACUGCCAGUGAAUUACUGCAAUACUUUUAGAUAUAUUUAAACACACACACACACACACACACACACACGAGUAUUUUGACAUGGUUGACACAUGGAAAGUUUUACAGUAGCUUCAUAACAUGAAGAUGUAACCUAAAAUGAUAAUAAAUAAUGUGCUAUGGAGCCACAUGACUCUCAUGAUGCAAAUAAAAGUUUUGUGUUGAAGAUUA